AUGCUAUUACUCUUUUGUUGGACCGUUCCGUAUGGACUGCGACCAGAUUCCACACAGACCGCAGGAACUCACAAAUCCUUAGAAAACUAUGUCCAGAACUCGGCCUCGGAUCCACUGCGCCCCGGUGCUUUAGGCCUCGGACAAUCCAAAGCAUCGCUCUUGGUCAAUGUCUUCUUGAUCAUCAGCUAUGUGACCCCCAUGGCAGCCGGGAUAGUGGCGGACGGGUAUCUGGGCCGGUAUCGUACAGUGCUAUUGUCCAUGAUUCUGUACGUAUUGGGAGUAGCCGUGCUCUUUAUCACCUCCAUUCCAUCCUUGCUCCACAGGGGAGCUGGACUUCCUGGCCUUAUUGUCGCGAUGAUCCUCGUCAGCCUGUCCCUCGGUGGAGUUAAAGCUUCGCUUCCCCCCAUGCUUGCGGAGCAAUGUAGUAAGAUUAAGCAGCGGAUCCAGAUUACCAAGAAGGGGGAACGCGUUAUCGUUGACCCCGACGUCACGCUGCAGUAUGCGUUUGAUGUCUAUUACUGGUGCAUGAACAUCGGAGCACAGUCUCGGAUCGCAGCUACGUUCAUCGAAAAGGACGUUGGCUUCUGGGCCGCGUACCUCCUGUCUCUCUGUUCGAUCGUGACUGGCGUACUAUUACUGCACGUCGGGCGCCGGAUCCUUAUGGCUUCCGAGCCCCAGGGAAGUGUACUCCUGCCCGCUAUGCAAGCUCUCUGGAUCGCGAUUCGGCACGGCUUUCGCAUGGACGCGGCGAGGCCAGAGGCCGUCCUAGCGAGAGACGGCAUAACGGUGACUUGGUCCGAUGGGCUCAUCGACGAGCUGAAGAGCGCCUUGUUUGCCUGCCGUGCAUUCACCCCAUUCGUGAUCUUCUGGCUCUGCCAGGCGCAGAUGACGACGAAUACCGUGUCGCAAGCCGCUGAGAUGGAGACUCACGGAGUGCCCAACGACAUGCUCCCCAAUCUGAACUCCAUCACCGUGAUCAUUGCACUCCCGCUCGUCACCAAAUUCGUCUACCCCUUCCUCCACCGUCGGGGCAUCCCGACGCCUCCCCUCCGGCGCGUCGCCCUGGGCUUCUUCCUCGAGGCACUGGCCAUGGGAUAUGCCGCUGGGAUCCAGGGCUGGAUUUACAGCUCCGGGCCGUGCUACAAGCAUCCACGCGCAUGUGCGGCGUCGAUGAAUGGAUCUCUCCCGAACCACGUCAACAUCGGGUACCAGUCGCCCGUGUAUUUUCUCGAAGGUCUCAGCGAGGUAUUUGCCAGCCCCGCCGGGUACGAGUACACAUUCACCAAGGCACCGAAGAGCAUGAAGUCCAUCAUCCAGGCUCUUUAUGGCUUGACUGCGGCUGGGGGGUCUAUUAUUGCGCUGGCGCUGACCCCGACGAAUAAAGAUCCUGAUUUACUAGGCAUGUAUGCCGGGAUUGCCGGGGCCAUGUUUGUGGCCGCGCUGAUUGUCAUGGUGGUUUCUUACAAGCAUGAGGGGAGGACUCUCGAGGAUACGGAUUCGUCCUGA